AGCCUCCAAGACUGCAACUAUCUCGAUCGACUUUGUCAUCUGUGGACACUUAUUCCCUGCUUGCUCACUCUCGUAUAAAUAGAUCCAUGGACCCCGGAUGUUUAUGACUUUUGAUAUUGUAAUUGAGUUGUAGGUAUUGUGGUGCACUAAUCGUCGGAAUUAAGAGUUUUGAGUUGAAGAGAUUGUUGGGUUAGUGUUUCAAGUUGGGCUGGGUAGGAUUUGAAAGAGGUUCGUGUGUUGAAUCAAGUUGCUGAGUGGUGUUGCAAUGGAGAUGGAGGUCGCGAGGGAGCAAAUGAGCAAGGCCAACGAGGACGUGAGCCUUCUCAAGAGCCCCAUUACGUACAGGGACAUUGUUGGCGCGGAAGGGAAGCUCGGUUCCGACCCUGUGACGCCGGAGGAUGCAGCGCUUAUGCAAAGCGCUGAAACAAGGACGUAUGGGAAGACGCAGAAGGAUGGAGCUGCGUCAGUUAUGCAAGCAGCUGCAGAAGAGAACGUGAAAGCAGGGUUUGUUCAGAAGAGCGAUCAUUCGCAGGUUGCCGAGGAAGGUGUCGCUGCUCAAAAGAUCCUCCUUCCAGGCGCAGCGGUUGGUAUGGAGUACAUUGCAGGCCAACCUGUGAUGGUUGCUGUGAAGCCUACGCCCACCGAUUCCUUCUUCGCAACCGCAGACGCUGUCACAAUUGGAGAUGCUUUGGAGGCAGCAGCUGUUGGAGCUAGUGACAGACCUGUGGGAGAGAAUGAUGCUCGUGCCAUUCAAAGUGCUGUGAUGCGGGCCACUGGUGCACCUCCGAGAGCAGGAGGUGUGGCUGCAGCUGCAAUGUCCGCUGCUGAUCUGAACCCGCGAGUUCCGAGUGCCGAUAAAACUACUUUGGCUGAUUUACUCGUGGACGCAACUAUUACCAUGGAAGCCGACAAAGUAGCAACCCAAGAAGACGCUGCCAAGGUGCUUGCUGCAGAGAUGCGAGCCCCGCAUGAAGGUGAGGUUACACCAGGAGGCGUAGCAGCUGCUAUACAAGCUGCUGCUGAUAUGAAUGAACUAAUUGGCCUCAUUGAACCAGCUGUGGGUAACCCUGCGAGAUCAUUCCCACUGGAAGACACUCCUAUGCCGCAGCAAAAUGCUCUCAUACCUGAAACAGAACACACUCCCAAGCCUGCAACAGGGGAGGGGCAGGUACAUGCAAAGGUGGACUAGAUUAAGUAUCCGUGACAACACCAGACCUGAGUGCCCUGAAUUGGGGCAAAAAGGAAUAACACUCUCGAAUUACUGUCGUCUGUGACAGCCUGAUCUAAGAUCAGCAUCUACGUCUGUCAUGUUGAAUUCCCUGGUUUUUCAAAGUUUGUAAAAGUCUACCUCCAAAUUGCUUGUAUAUGAAUUCUUACAGUGGCUAGCGGUUACACUCCGAACCUAAACGAAGUUUAGCUUGCUUGUGCUGAGUUUCAAUGUGUAGACGAGGACUAUGUGCAGUUGCAUACUCUUGCAGAAAAUGCUUGUAACCUGAACGUAUAUGAGUAUAUUGCUUCACCUCCGUGAACAGUUUUGAGCACAA